CAGGAGCUUGACGGGAGGAGCUCCGUGAUGCUGAGCUGCUUCAGUCACAGCUUUCCCCCAGUCCAACACUACUCAUGGUACAGGAAGAGUCAGGGAGAGGAAAAGGACGAAAUUGUGUCUGAGCAUCAAAACCACAUAGUGUACUCAAACCAGUCAGGAGUCUACUACUGCGUCGCAGAAAAUGAAGUAGAUCAAAGUUUGUCUGAUCCCGUCCAUCUGUUUGAACGAGACUAUCUGAAGAACCUGAGGUUCCUCGUUGUUCCUCUACUUCUCCUGAUGAUUAUCAGUGUAAUUGUGGUAAAUUUAAGAUACUGGAGGAAAUCUGUUCAACAAGGAACAACAAACAUCAGAUCCCCUUCUGGUUUUUUGAAUGAACCAGAGAGCCUGCAGGACUAUGAAAAUAUGAGUAAAGCAACUGCACGUGCACCAACAUCUCAAAAUCUGUUUGACGACCACACCAGUGAAGGUGAAGUGGAGCUGAACUUUCCACAGAAUGAACCAGAGAGCCUGCAAGACUAUGAACACAUGAGUAAUGCAACUGCACGUGCACCAACUUCUCCAAAUGUAUUUGAAGACCACACCAGUGAAGGUGAAGUGGAGCUGAACUUUCCACAGGUGAGAUUCAAAGCGACGCCCCGACGUCAGACGACCAACAGAGACUCCAGCAGCUCACACCAAGAUGAGAGUUAAUACUCUGACGUCAGGAUUUGACCUCGUCCUGCUUUUUACAGCUACCUCGGGCCUGAGGAAGUUUAUAUUCACAAUAAGUCAUCACAGAGAGUCUGAAGAGUUUGUGUGUUAAGCAAAAAUAGAUUUCAUCUUAAAACUAGUUAGCAAGAAGGCACAGAAGCUACAUUACUGAGCUAAAAUGGAUAAAUAUUCUAAACUGUUAUUCAAAGGUUUUGGGGAAAACAGUGAACUCAGCAAAAUGUGAGGGAUUAAUGGUUAAAAUCUUUAUUUUGCAACUUAAAAUGUAAAUAAUAUGAGUGUAAAAUGAUUGUAUUAAUAUCUUUUAAUAUUAUCUAUAUAUAUAUAAAUGACAUGCAGUUAGACAAGAAAUGUUGAGAAUCACUGCUGAAUGUUUUUUUUUGUGCUUUCCAGUGUUGUGAUCUUAAUCCAAACCCACACACCUAAAAAAUGUAAAUAUCCUGUAGCUCAAAAUAAAAUGAAAAUGCUGGAACAAA